AUGGGCCUGGAGAGACUGAAGUCCCGGGGUUUUUUGACGCUGCUGGUGCGUGUGGGGCUUGUGGUCUGCGCGGUGGGACUGUGCGUGCAUGUUUACCUGGAGAUGACUCUGAGGCAUCAUACUGUGGCCCCAGCGCACGGACACACCGCUCAGGCCAAUGGGAGCGGAGCCAAAGAGGAGUCUGCUGCGGAGGCUCCUGAGGACAGCAGCCUGGAGGGAAAGAUGUCCCAAGUCAGGAUGCUCAAGAAGGAGAGCUUAAGAGAUGUGCACACAGCUCUGCAUCACAGAAAGGAAGGGAAACAGUGCGGAAUAUGUUUCACACAAGCCUCAUGUCUGAGACAACAUUUGGAGCGAAUUCAUAAGGUGGCCAACAAGGAGGAGCUACACCUGCUUAUCAAAUAUGGCAGUGCACGGACUACAGCAGUGCUAGACUGCCCGUGCUGUGCCAAGAAGGGGGUGGUCCGGCUCGAUAAGCACCUGCAGGACAGGCAUCUGAAGACCUCCUCCGAUGAGCGUGCUGCCCUCUUGCGCGAGGCAAAACGCGCGGCCAUUAUCAAGGAGCUGAGGGACCUCAGGCUGUCAGACCCGUCAGUGCCCCUCCUUUCCGAGCUGGACAUUGAUCCUGAGCCCCUGGUGGGAGGUGAGGGGAUGGAGGAGGAGGAGGAGGAUCAGGCCAUCGCCGGCCCUUCUGUCUCUGAUCCUGAGCCCCUGGUGGGAGGUGAGGGGAUGGAGGAGGAGGAGGAUCAGGCCAUCGCCGGCCCUUCUCUCUCUGGGACUUCACACAUGGACCAGGAGAGGCCGGGUCCAUCCGUGACUUUGGAGGCUUUCCAGAGGCUGGAGGCCCGCCUCAGCAGUUUGGAGCGCUCACACGCGGUUCUCCAGAAGAAGUUGCGGUCCCUCCAGGCUGCCCCGGCUCCCGUGGCCCCCACGUCCGCGCAGAAGGGGGAGCACGUGGGCAAGGUCCACAAUGCGGACUUCCUGUAUGAAUCCCUGGUGGAGGACUAUAGGCUGUUCCGGCUCGGGGCGCGGACCAGGCCCAAGGACGUUGACAACGCCAAGCAGUCAGCCAGCCACUCCCUGAGGUUCUGCCGGUACAUGGCCCAGGGAGUGGCGGCUGACUGCCUGACCGGGAGCCUCCGGUUCAUUAACCGGCUGGACCACCUGCGUGGAUACCCGACGUACCUUGCAAAAAAGGGAUACAAAAGCACCACGACUAAGAACAUGAUUACCAACGUCAUCAUGUUCCUCAGGCACGUGACCAAGCGCUUCCCGCGCCAGACCCGCCUGAGGCCCGCUGAAGCCUCGAACCUAGAGUACGAGCUUCAGCGGAUCCAGCGGGACAUCGCGCGGGAAGUGGUUGUGCACCGCCAAAAGGUCCUUAAGAAGAAGUCAGCCAACCAGCUGGACCCCAGGGACAGCGUGGCAUUUUUGAACAGGGCCAAAAGCGCCAUUGACGCAAUUAUCGGCCGAAAGGAUCCAGAAGAAGUUCAUGGCCUGGGGAUGGGUUACAUCCUGGCCUACCUGGCCAUAGUGACCGGCCACCGGGCGGUGGUCUUCCACCAUAUAACAAAGGAGUCGGUACAGGAGGCCGACUCCUGGAAGUCUGGGACUCGGUUCCAAGUGUUGGUGGACGACCACAAAACGAGUCGGACCUUCGGGCAGGCCUCCCUCGUCCUAGAGCGCCAUGAGUUCAACUGGCUCCGCAUCCUGGCCACCGGCGAGGUCUGCCAUGAGGAGUGCAGGGAAGGGGAAUACAUUUUCCACGCACCCUCUGGAGGCCCACUCAGACAGGUGUCGGACCUAUUAAACAGGGCGUGGGCAGCGGCUGGACUUGGGGGGUCCAUCUCUUUUAAUAAGAUUAGGAGCAGCGUGUCCACACAGGCCAAUGACCACCUUACCGAGCAGGAGCGGCGGAGGGUGGCCAGGGCCAUGUGCCACGACCCUGCCACGGCGUCGCGCUUUUAUGUGGCCCUCCCCAACGGGGAGAGCCUGUUUAGGGACAGGGAGCUCCGCAUGAAGGCCCUCUGUCUGGCCUCUGACACCAGGCCAGAUAGGCACACCAGGCCAGCAAUUUCCAGCAGCUCAGAGUCAGAGGGACCUGAGCCAGUAUAUCAGGACUCGGCCGACUCCUCUGGCUCUGAGCUUGGCAGCCCUGAGCCAGCCCCCUCCAGCCCAGCGGACGACCCCUCCAUAUCUGAGCCAGACCCCUCCAGCCCUGAGCCCUCCACCCCACCGCCUCAGCCCUCGACCGCAGACCGGCAGCCCUGGACCCCGGUAUGGGUGUGCCAAACCGCAUCAAGAAAGCGGCUGUUCCCCGCCGACGAGGAGGACGAGGAGCCUCGCGCCCUUCCUCACCUCAUGAACUGCACAGUCGACGUAGACAGGCUGCCGAGUGGGGUACUCUCUUAUUACGCAAACGUAAUUAGGGAGUACCCUGCUCAAUGA